CUUUGUCAAAGGCUUAGAGAAAGUGAGACAAUUACUUGAUGCUUUAGUUUGAAAACUGCAGUAUCGCGUCAUUUUACGGGUUCUUGUUUGGAUGUUGAGUCAGUUCAGAACUUUUUUGUACUCUUACUACGUACCGGGUACUUUCUUAGGUCCUUUGGAUGCAAAGACAGAUCUUACCCCUGACCAUGAGGAACUUAGUCAUCGCAUACUAUGAGGACGAGACAGGAGUGUGAUGCAUCGUUCAGUAAUAGAAGAGCUCCCAGUGGCUGGUGUAGUGCAGAGGAGGAGGAGGUAGGGCAGGGACAGUUGUCAGGAAGGACCCCACGAGGAGGUGAUGCAUCUGCUUAAAUUCUUUUAGAGAACGUCCCAGAAGCCCUGCCCCAGGGGAAUGCUCAGGGUGGUGCAAACACAGACCAUCCUCGGGGUGCGAGGCGUGACUGUGUAGUUCCCACCCCAAGAGUGUAAGCUCAGGUCAGCCAGGAAAGGAGAUGUGUUGAAUUGGCCCCACACAGGCCCAUCAGCUUAUUGAUGGGGUUUUGAUGAUCGUCUUCGCAGUUGAAAUACUUGACCUUUCCUGUUUUACUCAAGAAUUGAAGAAAAUAUGUAAAUGUUCUUCAGUUUCAUCUUCUCCAGUUUUUUUCUGUACAUAGAUGUGAGGGUGAAUGAAACUGAAAUGGGGGGAAAUUGAAUGACUUGCCUUUCUUUGGUGGAAAUACGAACAGUUUGGAAAGCUACCAGAGUGUUGUGUAAGUGUGUUCAGUGGCUGAAGCAGACCAGCUCAGGUUACACUGCAUCUCCCGUGUUGGGGGUGGGGACAGUGAGUGACACAGCAUACAACGGACACUUACAUAACCAUGACUCCAGGGGAUAGGAUUAAGCUGUGAAUGGACCUCCCAAACUCCGGAAUAUGAUAUUAGAACACAGCCUUUGAAUUUUUCUCUCAAGCUUGACUUGAAAGUGAGCUUCAGAAACCUAUCAAACUAGACUUUCCAUUACUCUUGGACCUUCUUUCCCCUUCCCUUCUGUUAUUAAGUUUGUGAACUUUGAUCAUUUUAGAAUUAAAAGGCAGCGCGGAAAUCUCCGAGUGCAGCUGUCUCUAGGUUUAACCCAGAGACUGACUUCACCAUAGAAACACCCAUAGUUAUAUCAAUGGUUGGGGCAAGAUAGUGACAACAGGCAAAGGAAAAAUAGCUUUGACAUCCUAAGGACAAUGAGUAUGCUAAAACCAAGUGGGCUUAAGGCCCCUACCAAGAUCCUUAAACCUGGAAGCACAGCUUUGAAGACACCUGCUGCUGUUGUAGCUCCAGUGGAAAGAACAACAUCCAGUGAAAAAGCAUCAAGUGCGCCAUCCUCUGAGGCACAAGAGGAAUUUGUGGAUGACUUUCGAGUCGGGGAGAGAGUUUGGGUGAAUGGGAAUAAACCUGGAUUCAUCCAGUUUCUGGGAGAAACCCAGUUUGCACCGGGCCAGUGGGCCGGGAUUGUUUUAGAUGAACCCAUAGGCAAAAAUGACGGUUCAGUGGCAGGAGUUCGGUACUUCCAGUGUGAGCCUCUAAAGGGCAUAUUCACCCGCCCUUCGAAGUUGACAAGGAAGGUGCAGGCAGAAGAUGAAGCUAACGGCCUGCAGACGACUCCUGCUUCCAGAGCGACUUCGCCUCUGUCCACCUCAACGGCCGGCAUGAUGACCUCGUCCCCAGCAGUCCCUUCAAAUAUCCCCCAUAAAUCGUCCCAGCCAACAGCAAAGGAACCUUCAGCUACGUCUCAGAUCAGCAACCUUACAAAAACUGCCAGUGAAUCUAUCUCCAACCUCUCAGAGGCCGGUUCAAUCAAGAAAGGAGAAAGAGAGCUCAAAAUUGGAGACAGAGUAUUGGUUGGUGGCACCAAGGCUGGCGUAGUCCGGUUUCUUGGGGAGACAGACUUUGCCAAGGGGGAAUGGUGCGGUGUGGAGUUGGAUGAGCCUCUUGGGAAGAACGAUGGGGCUGUUGCUGGAACCAGGUAUUUUCAGUGCCAACCCAAAUAUGGCCUGUUUGCUCCUGUCCACAAAGUAACCAAGAUUGGUUUCCCUUCCACGACACCGGCCAAAGCCAAGGCUGCCGCCGUGAGGCGAGUGAUGGCGACCACGCCUGCCAGCCUGAAGCGCAGCCCUUCUGCCUCGUCUCUCAGCUCCAUGAGCUCAGUGGCCUCCUCCGUGAGCAGCAAACCCAGCCGUACUGGAUUAUUGACUGAAACCUCCUCCCGUUACGCCAGGAAGAUCUCCGGCACCACUGCCCUCCAGGAGGCCCUGAAGGAGAAGCAGCAGCACAUUGAGCAGCUGCUGGCUGAACGGGAUCUAGAGAGGGCGGAGGUGGCCAAGGCCACGAGCCACGUGGGGGAAAUAGAGCAGGAGCUAGCUCUGGCCCGGGACGGACACGACCAGCAUGUCCUGGAAUUGGAGGCCAAGAUGGACCAGCUGCGAACGAUGGUGGAGGCUGCUGACAGGGAGAAGGUGGAGCUUCUCAACCAACUUGAAGAGGAGAAAAGGAAGGUUGAGGACCUUCAGUUCCGUGUUGAGGAAGAAUCCAUCACAAAAGGCGAUCUUGAGGUGGCUACAGUGUCAGAAAAGUCCCGUAUAAUGGAGCUAGAAAAAGAGCUAGCACUGAAAGUGCAGGAGGUGGCUGAGCUGCGGAGAAGACUGGAGUCCCAGAAGCCCACUGGGGACGUUGACAUGUCGCUCUCCCUUUUGCAAGAGAUAAGCUCUUUGCAAGAAAAAUCAGAAGCUGCCCAUGCUGACCACCAGAGAGAAAUCACUUCCCUGAAGGAGCAUUUUGGAGCCCGUGAAGAGACACAUCAGAAGGAGAUGAAGGCUCUUCAGGCUGCCACAGAGAAGCUUUCCAAGGAGAACGAGUCCCUGAAAAGUAAGCUCGAUCAUGCCAACAAGGAGAAUUCCGACGUGAUAGUCCUGUGGAAGUCCAAGCUGGAGACGGCCAUCGCGUCGCACCAGCAGGCGAUGGAGGAGCUAAAGGUGUCCUUCAGCAAAGGGGUCGGAACGGAGACAGCAGAGUUUGCGGAGUUAAAAACACAGGUGGAGAAGAUGCGACUAGAUUACCAGCACGAAAUAGAAAAUCUGCAGAAUAAACAAGACUCUGAAAGGUCUGCUCACGCCAAAGAGAUAGAAGCCCUAAGGGCUAAGCUGAUGGCGGUCAUUAAAGAGAAGGAGAGCAGCCUAGAAGCCAUCAAGGCGAAACUGGACGAAGCAGAAGACCAGCAUCUAGUAGAAAUGGAGGACACCUUCAACAAAUUGCAGGAAGCUGAAAUAAAGGUAAAGGAGCUAGAGGUCCUACAAGCCAAAUGCAGUGAACAAACCAAGGUUAUUGGUAAUUUUACAUCACAGCUCAAGGCUGCCGAAGAAAAGCUCUCGGAUCUUGAUGCGCUUCGGAAAGCCAGUUCCGAAGGUAAAUCGGAAAUCGAGAAACUUAGACAGCAGCUUGAGGCAGCUGAGAAACAGAUUACAAAUUUAGAGAUUGAAAAGAAUACUGAAAGUGGCAAGGCUAGUAACAUUUCCAGGGAGCUUCAGGGGAAAGAGCUAACACUAAAUAACCUUCAGAAAAACUUGAGUGAAGUCAGUCAAGUGAAAGAGGCUUUGGAGAAAGAACUUCAGAUUUUGAAAGAAAAGUUUGCUGAUGCUUCAGAGGAGGCGGUCUCUGUUCAGAGAAGCAUGCAAGAAACAGUAAAUCAGUUACGUCAAAAAGAGGAACAGUUUAAUGCGCUGUCUACCGAAUUGGAGAAGUUGAGAGAAAAUUUAACAGAUAUGGAGGCAAAAUUCAGAGAGAGAGAUGACAGAGAAGAGCAGUUGAUAAAGGCAAAGGAAAAGUUGGAAAACGACAUUGCAGAAAUUAUGAAAAUGUCUGGAGAUAAUUCUUCUCAGCUGACAAAAAUGAACGAUGAGCUACGUUUGAAAGAAAGAACCGUAGAAGAAUUACAGCUAAAGCUCACAAAGGCUAAUGAAAAUGCAAGCUUUCUGCAGAAGAAUAUUGGGGAAGUAACUCUCAAAGCGGAACAGUGCCAGCAGGAAGCAGCUAAAAAGCAUGAGGAAGAAAAGCAAGAACUGCUGAGGAAAUUGUCGGACCUGGAGAAGAAGGUGGAAACGAGCCACAACCAGUGCCAGGAUCUGAAAGCUAGGUACGAAGCAGCCAGUUCAGAGACGAAGGCGAAGCACGAAGAAACCCUGAAGAGCCUACAGAAGAUGCUGCUGGACACAGAGGACAGGCUGAAGGCCGCACAGGAGGAGAACAGUGGCUUGUUGCAGGAGAUGGUGGAACUGAAAAAGCAAGCCGACAAGGCCAAAUCGCUAACUUAUUUGUUAACAUCAGCCAAAAAAGAAAUUGAACUAAUGUCAGAAGAGCUGAGGGGUCUGAAAUCAGAGAAGCAGCUUCUUGCACAGGAGGGAAAUACUUUAAAGUUAGAAAAAGGUUCACUUUUAUCAAAAUUGGUAGAGGUGGAGGCCAAAAUAACUUUACUUCAGGAAGAUCAACAGAAACUGUGGUCGGUAAACAAAACUCUUAAUUUAGAAAAGGAGAAAGUCUUAGAAGAAAAACAAGAUGCUGAAAAGCUUUAUCAACAGGAGCAGCUCCAUAAAGAAUCUUUAGCUGUUGAGAGAGAGAAAUUACUACAAGAAAUCAAUAUUGCGCAGGAAGAGCUUUUGAAGAUCAGUAUGGAAAAUGACGCUUUGCAGGCUUCCAGAGCAAGCCUGCGGGCACUCACAGAAGAGCUCCAGCUCAGCAAAGAUACUUUGAUUGCUGAGUCUAAGAAGGAUCAAGAAGAAAAAGGUCACCUAGAGGAUCAUAUCAAGAAGCUCACUACUGAAAACCUUGCCUUGGCUAAAGAUAAAGAUGAAGUUAUUCAAAAGCUGCAGAGCUCUUACGAAGAGCUAGUAAAAGAUCAGAAAACCUUGGUGCAGGAGAUUGAAGAUCUCAUGGCUGAGAAAAAGUCAGCUUUGGAGAAGCAGUCAGAUCUUGAUAGCGCGUGCAUAGCCUUAAAGAUGGAAAGAGAAAAUCUUCUCCAGAACAACAAAGAGCUGCAGUUUGAGAAGGACGUGCUUCUUCAAGAUCGGGAAAAGCUGAGUGCCAGCCUGGAGGCCGCCCUCCAGAUCAAGCAGCUGCUCAGCACGGAAACCAGUGGGCUCCACACACAGCUAGACGAUGCCAAGAGGGCUCUGAGGAAGGCUGAGCUGGACGUGAGGCAACUGCAGGCUACAAAUAGCAGCCUCACAAAGCUCCUGGAAGAAAUCAAGACCAGUCGGAAGAUCACAGACUCCGAGUGCAUCCAGCUUCUGCAAGAAAAAGGAGCCUUGGCCGCCUCUGAGAGAAAACUCUUGGCUGAAAAAGAAGAACUUCUAAGUGAGAACAGGCUCAUUGCUGAAAAACUGAAGAAGUGCUCGGAAGAGGCCACCCAUAUGGAGAUGAGCCUGAACGAGAAGAUCACUUACCUAACUUCUGAGAAGGAGGUGGUAUGUCAGAAAAUUGCUAAGCUCAAAAAGCAGCAUGUCAGUCUCUUGAAGGAAAAGUCUGUCCUGGAAAUGCAAAAUGGAGAUUUGCUUGCAGAGAGAGAGAACUCCAUGAAAACCAUAGGAGACCUCAAAAAGAAAUACGAUCAAGAGUCUGAAAACAGAAGAAUCGUAGUGCACGAGAAGAUGAAACUCCUUGGUAAUCUCGACACUCUGAAGAAGGAGCUUCAGGAGAGGAAAAGGGAAAACCAAUUGCUAGCAGCCACCAAGUGCGAUCUCUCUCUGAUGCUGAAAGAGGCUCAGGAUGCCAGACAGAGUUUAGAGAAAGAGCACACGAGCGCCCUGCAAGCAAAGGAGAGUCUGAAUGCUGAACUUCAGACUUGCUGUUCUGAAAAGAGCAUCUUGCUGCGGGAUGGGUUGAAUCUGCAAGAAGAGUGUCAGAGAUUAAACAAGGAGAUCCAAACAAUUCAGCAGGAAACUGAGUCAUCCCUGUAUGAAAACAAUAAACUUCAUGGCAGGUUGGUCCUCCUGGAGCAGGAGCUGGAAGAGUUAAGAGCACGCACUAAGCAGCUUCAGUCUGAAAAUUUUGUGCUCGUCCAAGAGAAGACCAAGUCAGAGCAGAGAGUGGUGGAGAUAAUUAAGGAAAAGGAACUCUUGAGCGCAGAAACGGCUCGACUCGCUGCCAACAUAGAGACUCUGAAGAAAGAUUUCGCCACCUUGUCUAAAUCCAAGUUAGAGCUGCAGGAACUGCACAGCUACCUCACCAAGAUCCUGGAUGACCUCCAGCUGAAGCACGAGACGACCCUGGCCGAUCGCGCCAAGGUGGUGCAGGACAACAAGAACCUCCUGGCCGAGAAGAGAGACAUGAUACUGACCAAGGAGGAGCUCCUAAAGGAGAAGGAAAAGCUGGCGGAAAGCUACUUCAUCCUUCAGAAAGAGAUUAGCCAGUUGGCCAAAACCAACAGCCAUAUCUCAGCCAACCUCCUAGAAUCUCAAAAUGAAAACCGUAUUUUAAGGAAAGACAAGAGCAAGCUCACCCUUAAAGUUAGAGAGCUCGAGACUCUUCAGUCAUUUACGGCUGCUCAAACAGCAGAAGAUGCCAUGCAGAUGAUGGAACAGAUGACCAAAGAGAAGAGUGAAACUCUGGCCUCCUUGGAGGAUACCAAGCAAACAAACGAAAAACUACAGAAUGAAUUGGAUACACUUAAAGAAAACAACCUGAAAAAUGUGGAAGAGCUGAACAAAUCGAAAGAGCUUCUGACGGUAGAGAAUCAAAAAAUGGAAGAAUUCAGGAAAGAAAUAGAAACCCUCAAGCAGGCAGCAGCUCAGAAGUCCCAGCAGCUUUCAGCAUUGCAAGAAGAGAACGUGAAACUUGCUGAGGAGCUGGGGAGAAGCAGGGACGAAGUCACGGGUCAUCAGAAGCUAGAAGAAGAGAGAUCUGUGCUCAAUAAUCAGUUGUUAGAAAUGAAAAAGAGAGAAUCCAAGUUAAUAAAAGAAACCGAUGAAGAAAAAGCUUCCUUGCAGAAAUCCAUCAGCAUUACUAGUGCCUUACUCACCGAAAAGGAUGCAGAGCUGGAAAAACUGAGAAAUGAGGUCACGGUGCUCAGGGGAGAGAGCGCCUCCGCCAAGUCCUUGCACUCAGUCGUCCAGUCUCUGGAGUCCGACAAGGCAAAGCUUGAACUCCAGGUAAAGAACCUGGAGCUUCAACUCAAAGAAAACAGGAGGCAGCUCGGCAGCUCCUCAGGUAAUACUGAUACUCAGGCAGAAGAGGAUGAAAGAGCCCAGGAGAGUCAGAUUGAUUUCCUAAAUUCAGUAAUAGUGGACCUUCAGAGGAAGAAUCAAGACCUCAAGAUGAAGGUGGAGAUGAUGUCAGAGGCAGCCCUGAAUGGGAACGGCGAUGACCUAAACAAUUAUGACAGCGAUGACCAGGAGAAACAGUCCAAGAAGAAACCUCGCCUCUUCUGUGACAUAUGUGACUGCUUUGACCUCCACGACACAGAGGAUUGUCCCACGCAGGCGCAGGUGUCAGAGGACCCCCCCCAUUCCACACACCACGGCAGUCGGAGCGAGGAACGCCCGUACUGUGAAAUCUGCGAGGUGUUUGGGCACUGGGCCACCAACUGCAACGACGACGAGACUUUCUGAUGAAGCCCCGGCCCCUCCCCCGCGCCCGGCGCCUCCCCCGCACCGGCUCCUCCGGGCACCGGCUCCACCCGCACCACCGGCUCCACCCGCACCGGCGCGGAGGCAGCUGGACACCAGCAUUGUGCGGCGGCAUUCAGCGGAACUCACGUUAUUUUUGACCCCCGUCAACAAAUCGAAGAGAAUAUUUUGAUCUUCAGUACAUCACCCUUUUAGUCCCCCCCCCCCCAGAAGUUAAUAAAUACUUAGUAGGUGAGAUUUCACCUCUAAUUUUGUCUUCUUGAUUUUUAAAAGUUCUAACAAGACGUUGCACCAGAUGCCAUUACAUUCACUGUCCCUAGGGAAGCCUCAUAGAACAAUUCCUACCCUUACAAUACCUUAUUUAAGUAACUUUAAAUUAUGCUGUUACUUUUCAUAUUUGCACUAAAAUUUUUCCAGGCUGCAUUUGUAUAUUUAGAUGUUUUGGUUAAGCUUUGACACUGGAAUGAGUUGGAAAAAUGUGCCAUUUUGCAUUUUCAUCUACUCAUUUAAAGUAUUUUAUUCUUAAAGAAGUAUCUGAGCUCUUUGCACUACCUGAUGUCAGUAGUGCCUUUAUUUCAGGCUUGAUAAUACUUAGGUGUGAUUAUAAAAUCAUGAAACAGGUAACAGGAGGGGGAAGCCCCCAAACUGCUGUGGGGACAUUUUAUAAUCUAUAUGCUGCACCUACUUACUCUACUGUGGUGUUUUGUUUAUUGGUUUUUGCAUAAUUUCAGCUUCUAUAUAUUAUAUGUAUAUAUUUUUUAAAAAUCUAUAUUUUGGGACAAAAUACAAUGUCUUUCUUUUCAGAUUUUUACCUUUAUGAAAAAGAAAACACACCAGGACAUAAUGGACUAGGCCCGAAGUGAUAUCACGUGGCUUUGCAACUAGUUUUUUUUUCCAUUUUCAUUUUGUUUCUUUAUCAGAUAUAAAUACCUGGGAGAAUUUUCUCUAAAUCUUUUUCCUUCUUCAGCAGAUAUCCCCAGCAGUCAAUUAGAUAAUAAGCCACUAUUAAAACACCUAAAUUAACCAAUCUACAACCUUUACAAGUUUUUUUUAAAACUGUUUUUAGAUGAAUGUACGAUGAGAAAUUCAACAUUGAUAAUUUUGGAUUUUCUUAUCACAAAAAAAUAAAAUGAAGGACCUCAACCAUCAGAAGUUUAUCAACCAGUUUGAAUCUAUUUAUCUCACUUGAAUGUCUUCUACAAUAUGUAAAAAGUAAUGUAUCUUCCGUGCUACAUGUAUAGUAAGAACUUCUAUAAUUGUAUAUAUGCCUUUGAUGUAUUUUUUCCCUCAAGAUUAUCAAAUGUGUGUCUGACAAGUGAAAAAUCUGUAAUUAGUUAAAAUUUUUGGUUAUAAACAUUAUAAUAGGAAGUGUUUCACAAACAAAAUGUAAAGCAGUAUUAAAAUUUGAGCAAACGAGUGUUCUGUAUCUACUUUAAUAAAUGGUUAUUCUUUUUUGCCAGUGGUAGUAAACAUAUUCUUCCCAGG